CAUUUUAGGGUUAGCAGCCGGAGAUAAUUGAGAAGAAAGGGUUGCCGCAGCCGCCAUCGUCGCCAGAGUUCAGAAGAUUGGAAGGAAGCAAUGGCCAGAAUCAAGGUACACGAGCUGAGGCAGAAGUCGAAGGCGGAGCUUUUGAACCAGUUGAAGGAUCUCAAGGCGGAGCUCGCCCUUCUCCGCGUUGCUAAGGUCACCGGUGGCGCUCCUAACAAGCUCUCCAAGAUCAAGGUGGUGCGCUUGUCGAUUGCCCAAGUGUUGACUGUGAUUUCUCAGACUCAGAAAUCUGUUCUUCGUGAAGCCUACAAGAACAAGAAGUUCUUGCCUCUUGAUCUUCGUCCCAAGAAGACCAGAGCCAUCAGGAGGAGGCUUACCAAGCACCAGGUACUUCUUUUAAGUCCACAUUUCGACCAUUGUGAUUAUGCAGUUUUUGUUGCAAGUGACUUGUCUCUCUUGUUGAACCAUGGGGUUGGCUAGUAUUAUCACCUGCAGUUUACUGUGUAAAUUUGGAAUAUUGGUUGAUUAUUGGUAAUUGUAUUAGAAUGGAUCCUGUUGUGUUAAAACCAUGUCCGGUAAGCUAGUUGGUUAUGGCAAUUUUAUCUUACGAAGAUGUCUAAUUUUUAUUUACUGUCUACAUUACAAAGUCGAUAAGUAAAUGCUCCGGCAAGCUAGUUGGUUAUGGCUCUUAUAUCUCAUGUUGAUUCCUGAUUUUUAAUUACCGUCUACAUUACAAAGUCGACAAGUAAAUGGUAGUUUGCAAGUGUGUUUGUGUACUCUCUUACUUGUCCCUGUAAAUUGAACUUCAUUUCCAUCUUGUGUUGUCUUCUCUAGUAGAUUUGAUAGCUUCUCUUUGAUUUUUGGUUGGCGAGUGAAGUUAUUUGAGUCCUUGUAGUGAAACCAUGUAUUAGUUCGGUUCAGACUUCAGACUUCCUGUCUCAAUAUUAGUGUCUUCCUUCCCUUAUCUGGAAUCCUGUUCAUUGCUUAUACUGGACCAAAGUAAAAGUAGCUGCUGACCCUCCACCUUCCUGUUUUACUUAAUAUCUACAAUUUGGUUUUCCAUAUAUUGGUCUUGCCCUGAAUAAAUUUAUAUUCGUUGUUUGCAGCAAUCAUUGAAGACCGAGAGGGAGAAGAAGAGAGAAAUGUACUUCCCCAAGAGAAAGUAUGCAAUCAAGGUGUAGAAUUAGCCAUGAAACUCCCAUAUGCCAUUUCCCUAUCUCUAGAGAGUUAUGAAGGAAUCUCAUUUUCGUACGAAGAACUAUUUUGACGUUUGUAAUCUCAUAUUUCUGCAAGUCAACGUGUGAACUGAGCAUCAACUCAAAGUUUUGGUAAUGAUAUGGAUUGCUACUUUGCUAUAUGUGAAUCAGUUGGGUUCUUGGCUAUGCUACAUUUGUUAUCAUUAUUCUGGAUUGUUGUACAUGCAGAACUGGGUAAACAUCUAUAUGUAAGCUGCAGCAAAUCUCAUAAAUAUUUGUCAGAUUAAGUGUAGAAGCACUUGUCGACCCUUCCAAUACUACACUAAGAAAGUGCUGAUACAUAA